GUGUGAGCAUUCAAGAGCUCGGCUGAUUUCACCCAAUCCCACCUGCCUAUUUCCAGAUUCUGCCGCUCCAGAGCUCUUACCGCCCGUGCCCCGUUCGGCCAAUUCCGAGCGCAAGUCGUCCAAUUCCGAAGCUGACCUCACCACCAGAAAGCUAUCAAUAUGGUCAAACCACUCUCCUUUAAGGGUGACAAGAAGACGAAGAAGCGCAAGAGAGCCGCUGACCCGGAUGAUGCCGAACAAUCGUCUUCAAAAGCGUUGACCACCUCCGCGCCUGCCGAAGAAGAGAGCGAUGAUUCCUGGGUGAGCGCAGAUGCGCCCAGCGACAUCACUGGACCCAUCGUCAUUGUUCUGCCUACAGAGAAGGCAACUUGCUUAGCAUGCGAUGCGGUUGGAAAGGUCUUUGCAAGUGAACUAGAGAACAUCGUCGACGGCGACGCAACAACAGCGGAACCACACGAUGUGCGACAGGUCUUUGUGGCCAACAGGGUUGCUGGCACAGAAGACUUCAAUCUGAAGGGUCACCAUGGGAGAUACCUCAGCUGCGACAAGUACGGCAUCCUCAGCGCAAAUGCGACCGCCAUUUCACCCGAAGAACGCUUGCUCAUAAUCGCGAUACCAGACAAUCCUGGCGCUUUCUCCCUACAAACACAGCGCCAGAAGUACCUGAGCAUCGACGAGUCUUCCACAAGUGGUACUGAAGUGCGUGGAGACGCAGAGGACAUCACAUUCAACACCACUUUCCGCAUACGCAUGCAGGCUCGCUUCAAGCCGCGCAAUAAAGCUACGAAAGAGGAGAAGGCGCAUCAGAAGAUCAGUAAGAAAGAGCUGGAAGACAUCAUUGGGCACAAAUUAAACGACGACGAGGUCAAGAAGCUGCGAAAGGCCCGACGCGAAAAUGACUUCCACGAAGUAGCCAUGGAUAUGCGGUCCAAAUCGUCACACGACAAGUACGCUUGAAAGCCUCAUCAGACUCGUGCCUCAUUAUGCGUUGUCAAUAUCAGGCAAAAGGGUCCAGUGCCUAGAUGUCGCCAAGCCACGGUGGAGCAUCCUCAAACAGUGGUGUGCACGUCGCAGAUGCGACUCAGACACAUCCUAAUUUGAGUGCACUUGGGACGACUGGCGCCACGAAAAUGCGGUUUUUGGUGGCUGAGUAACGGAAGUUGGUUCCGGCUGGGCGCUGCAGUGUGUUCAGAAUGGAGCGGGACACGGGACGGGCCUGGGAGGCUGUGCUGCAGCUUCGUACUCGUGUUUGCACAUCAUCUUACAUGCAGGAACAUCGGCGUUAGUCCCAGCGCAUCUCCGUAAGCAGC